GUAACAACUAAGCUGAGAAGGUUAUUUCACGUGUGAUUUUACAAGAUUAUGCAGUGAAAUUGAUUCUAGAAAAUGGAUCCGUUAAAAUAUGAAGCUGUACAUAUUGAUGCCUCUGAAGAUGUAAAGUUACGAAGUGGAGAUAAAAUAAUUGAUGAAUUAGAAAAGCUUGUGAUGAAAAAUGAACCACUAGCUGAUGUACUGGUCGCCGAUCCAGACACGUUGAAUCAUUUUGCCACCUUAUUCCCAGAAAUAGUCCAAUCGAACAAAGUUGGUAAGACCAGUAAAGAUGACUUCAAGAUGUGGGAAAAACACAAUAAUGAUGUAAAUAUUGAAUUGGAUCCAAACCCAUCUUCUUUUACAACAGCUGAGGGUAUGGACGUGUAUAUUGGUGGACCAGCUGCCUUAGCCGGUGCUGCAAUUCAAGCCCGUUCUGGACAAAACGUUGAUAAGGUCCUGUAUGGACAAUGUGGUAAUGUUGGAGCUUCUAAUUGGAAAGGUUCUGCCUCGUAUUUCCAUAUCCGAGAUGCAGUACCAGUGUAUUAUUGGCCGGAUAACAACGGUGCUUAUACUCUAUAUAUUACUAUCAAACAUUACUUACAACGUAAAUUUCAACCAGAACAAUAUCUUAAACAGGUACAAAGUGAGCCAGGCUGGAAUAAACUUCGUGUUAAUUUCAAAGCUUACUUCAAAGAUCCGUCUGUCACAUGGUUAUUUAUGAAAAACCAAUGGAAUGCUCUUAAAGACGUUGGUUUGUAUAUGCCUGGCACGGCGCUCCAUUCAGCAAAGGAUUCGACAGCUUACACCACAUGUAGACACGCCAGCUUGACUCAUCAGAUAUUGGAUGAACUCAACGCACCUAAACCUCUGAUAAUGAAAUCCAACCAUUUACAAUACGCUUUAUAUACGUAUCUUGGGAGUGACAAAGACAUUGGAAUGACUCUUAAAACCAUCAAUAACAUUGCCCAGACAGUCGGCGAAGAUUUACUCAACCAUCGUUUUCUAACCAAAGAAGAGAUUUCGGACAGAGGUUAUGACCCAAAAUUCGUUACAAAAGCAGCGGUGUUUGAAAACGAUGGGUACCUCCCCCACUAUAUCAAUGGUGUCAUGUCAGAGAUGGUUGCUGACGCUGGUGGCAAAGUUCAUGAUAAUAUGCAACUGCUCAAGAUACUGGUCAAACCAAUUGAAAAUGACGAUACAACCGUCACUAGAAUAGUCUGGAAGGACACCACAACUGGACGAGAACACACUACACCAAUAAAAUCGUUAUAUCUGUCUCUUGGGCCAUCUAUGAGGCAAUUAAAAGUAAAACCACCGAGAUAUUCAAUUGUCAAGCACACCCAAGAUAUCUUAAGCGUGAAACUUGGUCUGAUUGACGAACGUUCUAUCAUUAGUUUUACUAAUGAACCAAAGCUCUGUUCUCUUGCUGGUAACGUUUUUAAUAAAAUAAGACCAUCUAAUAUCAUGAACAAAAUAAUGUCUGCUGCGGGGAUAUCUAUAGUAUUUAUGGUUAAAGUCGAUAAGUCAGUGGUACCGGAUUCCAAGAUGAAUAGGUUCAGAGACCAUAUCGACGGUCACAAUAAACACAUAGUUCGACUUGCUGAAAAAGAAGUGUGGGUUGGUGACAAAGCGUAUCAAUAUUUUGUUCUUCAAACCACAGGUGGUGGACAUUUUCCUAUAAAAGAUGCUCAUGCUGAAACUGGACUGAAUGUAUUCAAAGCUAAUGUCAUUCCACUACUUUGUCUGGAGGACGAAGGUAUUGAGUACGAUAUUAUUCAAGUGAGAAGUUGUGCUAGAGGCAUUACAGCUCAGAACGUGUUCCGAAUGUCAGCACCAGCGGCCAAUAUGGUCAUGAUAUACGGUAUUGGUGGAAUCGGCAUGACUACCAUGGCACCAAAUGCUCUUCUGAUGAAAGCCAUCAUGGGUCUACGACAAAAGGUGUCAAAUGGAUCAAUAUCUACGACGGAGUUUAAACUGCGGAUGAAAACAUGCGAUUUCCAUGACAUUCUUCAUUGGACUAAACCGAAUCCGUUUGAUCGAAAUUAUGCCCAAUUUAUAGACUUCCUUAGUAACCCCAAAGAAAUCUCAAAAAAAUUUGGGAUCUCCGCAUCGUGGUUUGAAAAGGUUUUGAAGAGAACUAACUAUGGACAUUCAAAAAUAUUCGACAACGGUUCGACAAUCAAACAAAGCAAAACUUUUUUAAGACAUCAAACACCUUACGCUAAUACUAUCAGAAGAAUUCGAACCUUAUCUAACUAUUUCAAGAAAUAACCACAAUUCUGCCUUUUUUAUAUAGUGUUGUGGGCUUAUCAGCUAUUAUUGAGUUGUUCCCCCUCUUAUGUAUGUUAUUGAAUUAUUAAAUUAAAUAUGUGUGUAUACAUAAUAUUUAUUCUUAGCAUAAUAUUGUUAAUAGGUCUAAAUCGUCUAAUCUUAAUAUUUGCUUUGACAUGUUUGUAUUUCUAAUUAAAUUAGACCAAAGUUUCGUUCCGUUUUCUUAUUAGAAUUCAUUUUUAAUAUAUACACUUCAGUUACGGCCCUCUUGAACCUUCGUAAUGUUAACCUUUUGACCUAACCUGAUAAACACCGCGUUACAAAAUACCACCACUGGAGAGGGUAGAAAUUCGAUUGGUUAUUGAGUUAGGUCAAUAGGUUAAUUUGACGAACUUUCACGACGACUGUUGUUAGACUCUAACUGAUGUGGCUGGUAAAGCGAGCAUUUAAAGAUCUCUGUGUUAUUGUGUUAUAUUAAUUCUAAUAUUAAGUUUUUUUCAUAUUAAUUUUAUUAUAUUUAUUCUUAAUAUAUUGUUAUUAAAUCAUCG